AAAUCCCACCGUUUCUCGUCAAUUCCCUCCAAAAUUUUCCCUCGUCGAUCACCCCCACCGGUUUCCUCCUCGACGGCCGCGUCGUGCGAUCCAGCGACUCCUCGGCGGCGGCGGCGGCGGCAGCUAGGAUGGCCGGCGGGGAGGCCUCCGUGGAGCGCGUGAAGGACGGCGCCACUGGCCUGGAGAAGCUCGUCCUACGCGCGGCCCAUGGCUGCUCCGUCGAGGUAUAUCUAUAUGGAGGCCAAGUGAUAUUUUGGGAGAAUGAAUAUCGAGAACAACUGCUUUUUGUUAGUAGAAAGGCUUCUUUCAAACCACCAAAGGCUAUUCGUGGGGGCAUACAAAUUUGUUUUCCUCAAUUUGGUAACCAUGGAGUUCUGGAACAACAUGGGUUUGCAAGGAACAGAUUAUGGAGUGUUGAUGAAAGUCCUCCUCCUUUUCCAGCUACCGCUUCAAACUGUCAUAUUGACUUGAUACUCAAGCAGUCCCCAGAAGUUUUGAAGAUCUGGCCGCAUAGUUUUGAAUUUAGGUUGCGAGUUGCUCUUAGUCCUACAGGAGAUCUGAUGCUCACUUCUCGAAUAAAAAAUACCAAUGCAGAUGGGAAGCCAUUCAAAUUUAGACUUUCAUAUCACACAUACUUCUUAGUCUCUGAUAUCAGUGAAGUACGGAUCGAGGGUUUGGAGACCUUGGACUAUCUUGACAACCUGCAAAGUGAAGACCGUCGUACUGAACAAGGUGAUGCAGUUGUAUUUGAAUCUGAAGUGGACAAGGUAUAUUUGAGUGCUCCACCAAAGAUUGUGAUCAUUGACCAUGACAAGAAGAGAACUUUUGAAUUAAGGAAAGAGGGACUUCCUGAUGUUGUUCUUUGGAACCCAUGGGACAUGAAAGCGAAGACAAUACCGGAUUUUGCAGAGGAAGAGUACAAGCGCAUGCUAUGUGUAGGGGCUGCAAACGUUGAAAAACCAAUUACAUUGAGGCCUGGUGAGGAGUGGCAAGGAAGGCAGGAGAUCUCCGUUGUUCCAUCCAGUUACAGCAGCGGACAGUGGGAUCCUGAAAUAAUUCAUCGGAUAUAGCACAUCUGAAUUUCUCAGUGGUUGCAUUCUGGCAUUACCUUUUUGCUGCAGGAAGAGCAACAUUGGAGUUAUAAGUCGCCAUCGUGUUCUUUUUUUAUAUAGAGAGAAGAUGGAGAAAUUUCACCCCUUUUUUCAGGGUCAUAGGCAUCAUCCACACACAUAAUGUAUUGUAUUACAAUAAGUGAGAGUCUAAUUUGAGUUUACAAUGUUGUCUGUGGAAAAGAAAUGCUGUACAGAAUGAUGGUUUUCGUGGUUGUACAACUACUGUCCUUGAAUUUUAGAGCAAUUUUACGGCAGCAAUUUUACGGUCCUUGAGUAGGUAC